AUGAAGGUCUUUUCGUCCUCGUGCACGUUCGACUACUCGUGGGACGAGGUAUCCACGGCAAACUGGAGGAAGUACUGCCCGUGGAAUGACAAGUCACCGCAUGUCGUGGCAGUCGACACGCUCUCUCGGACUAUCGACGAGACCACCGGCAUCCUGCGAACGGAACGUCUCAUCACUUGCGACCAGUCAGCCCCGCAAUGGGUCUCUUCGCUCUUCGGCGGCAGUGCCACCUCUCACGUCUAUGAGAUCUCCUACGUCGACCCGGCCUCGAAGAAGGUCACCAUGUGCUCCACCAACUUGACAUGGUCGAAUGUCCUCAGCGUCCGCGAAACAGUGGUCUACCAACGAUCAUCGACCCAGCCCACAACCACCACCGACUUCCAGCAGGAAGCCAAAAUUACCGCUCUGUGCGGUGGGUGGCAAAAGAUCAAGAACAAGGUGGAGGAGGCCAGCGUCGAGAGAUUCCGAGAGAAUGCCAAGCGCGGCCGAGAAGGCUUUGAAACCGUCCUGGAGAUGAGCCGUCGCGUGUUCAGCGAGCAGCGGGAUCUCGAGAGCCAGCACAUCCAGGCUUGA